UACAGAGCAGCCAUACGGAGAGAAAAAUCCGUGCCUUCUUUUACGGGUCAUGUCCCUUCUCUUCUUUUAAGCCUCAAAGCACAAUGAAUGAGAGAGAGAGAGAGAGACAUAUUCCUUCUUUUUACAUCUUUUUAUAUCGGUCUCUCCUUCUCUGAAGACAUGCAGAUAAAGUCUCGGACCAUAUCUCCUUUAACCCCAAUAUAAAUUUUUCAACAGGGUCCUCUCUGUCCCUACUCGCAGAUUGCCAUAAGAAGAAGAUUAUCCCCCACCACAUACACACAAAUCGCACGCAAACACAGAGAGGCAUAAGCUGCUACACACAGUGAUUCAUACAUAUUUUUGAUCUUAGAUAGACAGAGAGAGAGAGAGAGAGAGAGAGAGAGGAGGGUGUCUCUGUGUAGUGGUAUGAUGGAUAAAAGCUGUCAAUCCUCUGCAGACUCUACCGCCACUACCACUACUGUUUCUGCUGUUACAACUACUAGCAGCAGCAAUACCGCUACCAGUAUUAAUGCCAACAGAGACCAAUACCUCAGACACCUCAACAAGCUCUCCCACAAGAUCUCUAAGCCAAUCAUCAAAAAACCCCCUUUUGAUCCCCCCAAUCAAACUCAAAAUCUUAAUCAUAAUCACCCGCCACCGCAACCACAACCGCAACCAGCAUCUCAGCCGUUGGUCCAGCAGCAGGCGCAGCAACAGCAGCAGCAACAUCAGCCGCCGGUGUACAAUAUCAACAAGAACGACUUCAGGGACGUGGUCCAGAAGCUCACCGGCUCACCGGCACACGAGCGUUUCUCGACGCCGCCACCUAUUCACCCACCCAAGCCUCCCAGCUCCCGACUCCAGCGUAUUCGCCCUCCACCCCUGGCACACGUUUACAAUCGCCCCCCUCCCCUACUAAACAGCGCCGUCCAUCCUCCACAACAAGCCUCUAUAAACCCUAAUAUUCCCAUUACCGCCCCCUUUUCCAACUUCGGCCCAAUCGGACGGCCUAUGACGCCGUUAUCGCCUUUGCCGCCGUUCCCAACCGUUCACGCGGCGGCCGAAUCGCCCGUCUCGGCCUACAUGCGGUACCUCCAGAACUCAGUGUCCACCGUCGAUCCGAACCCUAAACAUUUCUCCGGAUUCUCACCGUUAGCCCCUCUAGUCUCGCCCCGCUGGAACAAUUCAACUCCGCCGCAUCCGCAUCAGCAUCAGCAUCAGCUUCCACCGCCGCAGCAGGGAAUAUUUCCUCCGCCGACAUCAUCUGCUACUCAGCCACAGCCACAGUUCCCGAUGCCGAACUCACCGCUUCCAUUCGGGUGUUUGAAUUCACCGAGGUCACCGUACCCGUUGCACUCCCCAGGCCUGCUAUUUUCUCCUUCUUCCGGUCAAUUAGGGUUUCCGCAGCUCCCGCUUUCUCCCACAGUGCCGAUGCACAGCCCUAGAUGGAGAGCUCUCUGAGUUUCUUCUUCAGGCAUCGAAAACCAUUCCUUUCGUUUUCCACCGUGAGUCCAUUUGGCUGUUGAAAACAGAGGGUAUCCGUCAUAGCAAAAGCAUAAUUGGAGAAGUAAACAAGAUGAGCAGCAGCGGUUCUGGCGGGCGCCGGUCAUUCCAAUCGUGAGAAAGGAUGAACCACGAAGCAGCCUGUUGGCUGGUCUUUCUUAACUUCCGGGUCGAUUCAUCUCAAGGAUCUAACUAGCAUCAUGAUAUGUAACUAAAAGAAGACAGAAAAAUGAAAUAGGCUAUAUAUCAACAGUAGAGAAAUAUUACAACUUGCUUUUUAUAUAUCA